CCCUACAACUCAUGCUCUCAUUUCUCAGAAUACAACAGCUGGUGAACAGCCGAACUUCAGGCACAGGUAGAAAACCGAAACUGUGCUUACAUUUCGGGCAGGAAAAAAAAAAAGCCCUGUCGCCUUCAUAAGGAGUGCCAAAAACACCGUGCGUAAUUACGCAUAAAACAAUGAGUUCUACAACAGCAAUGGAAGUGAACGUGGAAGCCAGACGGAUCUUGGCCGUGUCGAUAAGCAAGCUGUACGCCUCCAGGACCCAGAGAGGGGGACUGAGACUCCACCGGAGCCUCCUGCUGUCCCUGGUCAUGAGGUCUGCCCGGGACAUCUACCACUCCUCCCGGGAGACGGAGCGGCCGAGCGGCGCGCAAGAAGAGUCCGCUCCGGAGGAUCAGCCGAUGGACACCAGCUCCAACCCGGGGGAAUUAAAACCCCAGCCUCGGCCGGAGCCCCAGCCGCCUGUCACAGAGGACUCUGACCAUAACGAGGAGGACGAGUAUGACUGCGAAAAUACAGAGGACAAAGAAAACCUGAGCCCGCUGAGGCCGUCCAGGAAGCGCCGAGGCAAGGCGUCGGCGGCGCCCGACUUCCUCCCCAGCAAGAGGGCGAGGCUGGAGCCCGGAGAGGAGAGGUAUGCGGCCCCGCCGGGCAGCUGCCGCGCCGGGGCCGCCGACGCCUUCACUUCUCUGUCACCAAACCGGCUUAUACCCGCCUUCUGAACUGAUCCCAGUACAAAUCAGUCUCCAUGUUGGGACUUUGGAGUGGAGUGAUUGACAACUCCUUGCCGAUCUAAAGGGCAGUUUGAUCCCUUUGUGCACCAAGAAGCUGACCUACAUCAGGAUUACAGGUGCCGUGCAUGGUGCGAGCUGAACCCGGUGCGCCUAUACCGGGCUGGCACAGGCUGCAGCCCCGCCAGAGAAGAGAAGCGCACAAGGAAAGGGGGUGAAAACGAAGCGAAGGGACGCUACAGGCUGGAAAGUUUGAGGAGGAAGCUGAACGAGGAACUGCUUGUGUUGCCUCUUGUUUCCUGAUGACUCACCUUCAGUUCAAUAAGUCCAAACAAAUGACUGCUGCUGAGUCAAAGUGUGUGUGUGCGUGAAUCAGCCAAGAGUCAGUCAGAGAAGAAGUCAAGUAGUGAAACAGUUGACCACAGGACAACAAGCUCACAAAAGUGGGACUUCAGGGAAUUUCCUGUCUUGAUAACCAGAAAUGAGACUCAAACACUGAAAAAAUGGAAGGACAGUUGAAGCAGGCACAAUGCCACAGGCAUGUUUCUGCACACAUCAGACUGCUGCUGUGGACUCUGUUAAAUCAAUACUACCGCUUGUGGAACUGUCCUACAUAUUGCCUUCACAUGGUGCUUUGAAAACACAGACUUUUCCACAUAGGACUGGAGGCUUAUCCAUCUAAAUGUUCUGUUUUCUAUGUCACUGAACUAAUUUUGUUCACAUCUGACCUGUGAAAGAGCAUUACCUCACAUUCCAAGCUGCUUUUUAUUUGUAUAACUGAAUUAAUGCUGUAAAUAUUUGUAAUAAACCUUUUGAAA